CAGGAACCACAAGCCCCCAGAAUAUAUUAGAAUAAUAAUAAUAGAAAGGUCCCCCCUCCCCAGCCCCGUUUUUGUCCCCCUGGAAGGAGGGGGUGGAGAGCAGAGCAGCGAGGCUGCCGGCGGGAUCGAUGUGGAGCCGCUGAGGCACCGCGGCCGGCCCCAGCUCCCCGCCGGCACCGCGGCCGCGGCCGGCAGGACAAGCGCAGCCUCCCCGCGGAGAGGCCAGGGAGAAGGUUGGCUCCCUUCCUGCUCCCAUGGAGCCUGUCUCAGGGCUCACAGGGAAAUCAUGGACUCCAGUGGCAUCAGACUUUUCUGCUUUCACCAGCACACCCUGAAGGCAGCAGGAGAUGAGGAGGCUGUGAGGGCUGCUGAAGAUGUCCGAUAGUCUGGAUAUUGAAGAGAAACCUCCAGCUCCACCGUUGAGAAUGAACAGCAACAAUCGCGAUUCUUCAGCGUUGAACCACAGCUCAAAGCCGCUCCCCAUGGCCCCCGAGGAGAAGAACAAGAAAGCCAGGCUGCGCUCCAUCUUUCCAGGAGGAGGGGAUAAAACCAACAAGAAGAAAGAGAAGGAACGUCCUGAGAUCUCCCUUCCUUCAGACUUUGAACACACCAUUCAUGUGGGAUUUGAUGCCGUCACUGGAGAAUUCACAGGCAUUCCAGAACAGUGGGCCAGGCUACUACAGACCUCCAACAUAACAAAACUGGAGCAGAAGAAGAACCCACAGGCUGUUCUAGAUGUUCUCAAAUUUUAUGAUUCGAAAGAAACAGUUAACAACCAGAAAUACAUGAGCUUUACGUCAGGAGAUAAAAGCGCCCAUGGAUACAUAGAAGCCCAUCCCUCGAGCACAAAAACAGCAUCAGAACCUCCUCUGGCUCCCUCUGUGUCUGAAGAAGAAGAUGAAGAUGAUGAAGAGGAGGAAGAUGACAAUGAACCUCCGCCUGUUAUUGCCCCACGGCCUGAACACACAAAAUCAAUCUACACACGCUCUGUUAUUGAACCUGCCGCUGCACCAGCACCAGCUAAAGAAGCCACCACUCCCCAGCCUGAAAACUCAAACACAAACACCCUGUACAGAAACACAGACCGGCAGCGAAAAAAAUCCAAGAUGACAGAUGAGGAGAUCCUAGAGAAACUGAGGAGCAUUGUGAGUGUGGGAGAUCCUAAGAAGAAAUACACUCGAUUUGAAAAAAUUGGCCAAGGGGCUUCAGGAACUGUUUAUACAGCGAUUGACAUCGCCACAGGACAAGAGGUGGCCAUAAAGCAAAUGAAUCUCCAACAGCAGCCCAAAAAGGAACUAAUUAUCAAUGAAAUCCUGGUCAUGAGGGAAAAUAAGAAUCCCAAUAUUGUUAACUAUUUAGACAGCUACCUUGUGGGUGAUGAGCUGUGGGUGGUGAUGGAGUACCUGGCUGGAGGCUCUCUAACCGAUGUUGUCACCGAGACGUGUAUGGAUGAAGGACAGAUUGCUGCUGUCUGUCGGGAGUGCCUGCAAGCCCUGGAUUUCCUUCAUUCCAACCAAGUGAUCCACAGAGACAUCAAAAGCGACAAUAUUCUUCUUGGGAUGGACGGAUCUGUCAAAUUGACUGAUUUUGGCUUCUGUGCUCAGAUCACCCCCGAGCAGAGUAAACGGAGCACAAUGGUGGGGACUCCUUACUGGAUGGCACCAGAAGUUGUAACAAGAAAAGCAUAUGGCCCCAAGGUGGACAUCUGGUCACUUGGGAUUAUGGCAAUAGAAAUGGUGGAAGGAGAACCUCCUUACCUUAACGAAAAUCCUCUCAGGGCACUGUAUCUGAUAGCUACAAACGGGACACCGGAGCUGCAGAACCCAGAGCGGCUCUCGGCCGUGUUCCGAGACUUCCUUAACUGCUGCCUGGAGAUGGACGUGGACAGGCGAGGGUCUGCCAAGGAGCUGCUGCAGCAUCCAUUUUUAAAAUUAGCCAAGCCGCUGUCGAGCCUGACCCCUCUGAUCAUCGCAGCGAAGGAAGCGAUCAAGAACAGCAGCCGCUAGCGCUGCAGCUCGGCGCUGUGCCCUGCCAGCUCCGAGCAGGACUGAACACAAACUGGACAACCUCAACUCUCAUGCUGCGGGACAGAUGGAUGGAUGAACAAACCAACGGUCACAGUCAUGGUGGUAGGACCACCCCAGUUCCUCAAGGAGUAAAAAAAUUAUCAUUUGUCUUCUUCCUGCUUUCUGGCUCCUUAAUUUAUUUUUAAGAUGAAUCGGGGCUAAGGACAGAGAGGUAAUGACAGAAAAUGCUUUGCUGCCUCAAUCAUUUCCAAGGUAAAGCAAAUUCAGUUGGAAGAUUCCCUUCCUUCUCACCCUGUGAAUAAGCUGUACAUUCACUUUUAAAUUGUCAGUUCUUUCUUAACGAUGUAAAGUCGUGUUUAUGGGGUUUUUGGUAUGGUUUGGAAUUGGAGAAGGGCAAUGCUUCAUUCAUCAACUUCAGACUGCCUUUUGAAUAAGGCCCACUUGCCAGUUUCUGCCCAGUUGUGGUACUUCUACAUGAGGAAGAAAGUGCAAUUGCAUUUCCAACCAAAAAGGAAUGAAGAGUGGGACAGCCAAAACAUCCUGUGGAGAUAAGGCGUUCAGCUGGGACUGUGUAGUGGUUUGGUUCUUGCCAAUUGGAUUUGUACCCCUGACUGCAAUCUCGUUGCCCGGGUGAGAGUCUUACUCAGCUGAAGCAGCAGAAAGAUCACUCGGUGUGCUCAGAACAGGUUUGUCUGAUGCAAAGCUGUCAGAGCAAUGUGAGGGGAGAGUGGACCCAGCUGUGCCUGGGGCUGAGCCCCAGCAGAGCCCAGAGCAGCCUGAGCAUCGGCAGAGCCAGGCUGGAAGGAGGCACUGCUAGUGACAAGUGGCAGCAGCCUGGCCGUGGGUGCCUCUUCCUGGGACAGGGCUAAUCCUCCCAUCUCAGAGGCAAACUGGGUGGGGGCUGUUCUCCAGGGAAAUCGUGGCCAUGCUGAGAAAUGCACAGCCUGGUGGGAUUGGCCAUCCUGAGUCUCUGCAGGAGUAGAGAAGAGCAAACAGAGCAGAGCAGUGGUGUCACUUCUGAGGGUGCCUGUUCUUCUCCCAGCUGUCUCGUAGCUCCUGGGAAAGGUUCCUAGUGUCUGCAGAAUCCUCAGCAGAGAGGGAGGGGACCAGGCUGCUCUGCAGGCUCCUGUACAGAUGAGCAUCCUUUAGGCACAGGAGUUCUGCCCUGGGAGCCGAGGCUGACACAGGGAGCAACCUGCACAGUUCAGAUCUGCAGGAGCCAGUGCAGCAGCCAGCUCGGGAAGAAAGCGCCUUAAAACCUGGAGUUGUGCACUGAGCAAGAUCAAAGGUGUGAAAUGCCAAGUGGAAUUAAUUGCAGAAUUGGAGGCACCAGGCCAGCCUGCGUUCUGCUGUCCUACGUAUGGCAAGCACUGCGCAAUGAAGCUCUUGAGUUGCUGCAAGAGAUGGAAUUGGGGAUGUGCCUGAGGAUUGUGCUUGACUAGUCAGCAGAUUUGGAAGGGAGCAGAAUACUUUCAGUAUACAAUUUGUGUUUUAUUUAUUUGUUUCUGAAAGACACAGUGUGGCUUCACUCAGUAAAAGCAUUUGCAUGGCGUAUUUGUUGCUGUAUUUUAGGAGUACAACUCAUUCAAGAUCUUCAAAACAGCAACUGAAGCAACAUGCACUCAGUGAGCAAAAAAACCCCCACAGUAAAACAGCUUUCUGCUAUAGAUCUUCACAUUGACCUGGUCCUGCAAAGGGUUAAGUAGCCUUUAAGGUACUCACUGUCUUCGUGUCUGGCCAGCAGGAAUGAAGGAUGCUUGGGCUGUUCUUGGAUCAGGCCAGGAGCGUGUCUAGCUUUGGCAUCCUGUUUAGUUGCAGUCUUUGUGUGGCAAGUGUCCUUACUGCUGCUCCCCGUGCUCACGCUGGCCACCGCAGUGUCCUUGGCAGAGACAGCCCUCCUUGAGUUACCACAGCUAAGUAGAAAUUAACUUUUCUUCAUUUCCUGGGGAGCACAACAGGUCCAGUUUUUCAGAUGGCCAAAUAACACACCAAGGCAAGCAGCUCUGGUUUCCUGGACUGGGAGAACAUUGGGAAGAGCUGAGGAAGCCACCAGGAGCCCACAGCUGGAGCAACAGUGGUUGACAGGAGCUGGAGCAAUGGCAGCCAAGCUUUCCCCCCUAAAAGAAGCCCCUGGGGAGUGAGAGUGGCCAGGAGAGGCUGACAGGCCACAGCACAGCAGAUGGUGCAGAAGAGUGUGCAGGAAGGUGCUGAAGCCCUGCCAGCUUGACCAGGGAGCAAUGGUGUCCCCCCCACAGAAAGCCAUGGCUUCUCUAAGUCCUGCACCCACCACAAUCCAUGCAGCGACCCAGACAGAGCUCUGGUGGGAUUGGGCUGCCAGCCAGCUGUCAGCUGCAGGCUGUGCCCUGCUCUUAGGCCAGUCCUGGUGGCAGCAGCAUGAGUACAGCUGUGGGACAUGUGCCCAGCCAGAGGAACUCCUCCACUUUGGGCCAGAGCUACAGCAGGAGGUGAACAGGGGCAGGAGUAUCCAAGCUCACUGAGCCCCUUUCCAUCUUUUACCAGCAGUCCUGGCUAAGGGGGACAUGCCAGGUGAUUGGACUACAGCAAACGUGACAUUGAUCUACACGAAGACCUGGAAGGAGGAUCUUGGGAACUACAGCUCUGUCACCCUGACCUCAGUGCUUGGAAAAGUCAUGGAGCAGAUCAUCUGGAGUGCCAUCCCAUGGCACAUACAGAGCAACCAUGGGAUCAGGCCCAUCUAGUGUGGGUUUGUGAUAGGCAGGUGCUGCCUGACCUGCCUGAUCUCCUUUUGCAACAGCUUGACCUCCCUAGGGCACGAGGGGAACAGCUUUGGAUGGGUCUCCCUGGAAUUUAGUAAACCCUCUGCCAGUGUUUCCCACAGCUGUCUCCUGGAGAAACUGGCUGCUCAUGGAUACACUGUUCUCUGGGAAAAAAACCUGGAUGGCUGGCUGGGCCCAGAGAGGUGUGGGCAGUGGAGUUACAUCCAGCUGGGGCUGCCAGCAGGGGUGCACCAGGGCUGGGUGCUGGAGCCAGUUGUGUUCCAUGUCUGUAUCAGUGAUCUGGAUGAGGGGAUCAAGGGCACCCUUGGGUAGCACCAAGCUGGGUUGGAGUGUUGAUGUGCUGGAGAAGAAGGCUCUGCAGAGAGAGGGAUCUGGUGAACAGGCUGGAUUGCUGGUCCAAGGCCAGUUGGAUGAGGUUCAACAAGGCAGUGUCAGAUCCUGCACUUGGGUCACUGCAAGCCCCUGCAGCUCCAGGCUUGGGAGGGAGUGGCUGGAAAAUGCCUGGUGGGAAAAGACCUGGGAGUGCUCAUUGAGAGCAGCUGAACAUAAGCCAGCAGUAUGCAGCUACCUGAAAGGAGGCUGGAGCAGUGGGGGAAUCAGCCUCUUUUCCCAAAUAACAAGCAAUGGGAUGAGAGGAAAUGGCUGCAAGUUGUGCCGGGGAAGGUUUAGAUUGGAUAUAGGAAAAAUCUCCUCACCAAAAGGAUGGUCAGGCAUUGGAACAGGCUGUGCAGGGCAGUGGCUGAGUCACCAUCUCUGGAGGGAUCUAAAAAGAUUUGUAGAUAGGGCACUUGGGGACAGGUUUAGUGGUGGGCUUGGCAGUGCUAGGUUGAUGGUUGGACUCCAUGAGCUCAGAAGUCUUUUCCAACAUGAAUGAUUCUGUUCUGUUUAGAAGACUUUGUUUCUCUUGUGAGGUCCUGUUUUUGUCUGUCAGCUCAAGAUCUGUGUCUGUAGGAGAAGAUUCGUUGUGAAAGAGUAAUUUGGGCUGGAGAUGGGCUGCUCUCAAUGUGUAAAGCAUUCAGCAGGAUGAAAUAUGUUUGUAUUCCUGUAAGAAGUGAAGAAAUGAGUGACAGUUUGGUUCCAGUAUGUAUUUUAUUUUUUCCUAUCCACAAAAGAACAGACAACCAUCCUUUAAAAGGAAAGCACUUUGUAAUGGUACAUGUUUGCUGGACAUACAGUCUACAUACUUCUGUUGACAAACUACUCUAUUUAAUUGGGGAAGGGGGGAAUUUCCUAUUUAUUUCCUUUACCUAUAAGUAUUUCAGCAUCUCUGCUUCAAAAAAAACUCCACCGCCACGACUUUCCAGAAGACAGCAGGUACGAAAAAUAAGGAAAUCAAAUGGUAGCUUUUGUUGUUUUAAUCAGUGUAUGCCUCAGCAUACAGAAUAUUGUUGGCACUGACUUUUUAAAGACAGCCGCUGUCCUAAGAGGCCUUACUUUUAAUUUUAUUAAAUACUGUAUUCCUUUUUCUUUACAUCAGCAAAUCUAGAGUUUUUUCUUCUAAAGCAAAUUCCUGGGAGGCAGACAAGAUUCAGCAGAAAGGGUCUCUGCCUGUGGCUGUUUUCAGCAUGGACUGUGCCUGCCCAGCUGAGACUGUAUGACAUGCCGGGAAUGCACCUGCAGUGGCCCUGUGGCUCCGUGCCUGGGACAGUCUCUGGUGCUGAUUCACACUCACUGAUCCUGAAAGGUGGCAGCUGUGUUUGUAUCCUCCCAGCCUGGAUAUUAAAUGUAGAAAAGACACAAGUAUUAAAAAAAA